CUCUCUCUAGUCAAUUUAGAGGAAAAAUUGCGAAUUGGGGGAGAUGGAGAAGGAGCUUCUAGAGUGGUUCGACGCCGUGAAGAAGACGGCGGACGCCGCCACAUCUUGCGACGGAGGAGCCGAGGAAAGCCAAUGCCUUGAGGCCUUCGAGCAGCUCAGCAAUUUUCCCGUCACUCAUCAAAUCCUCGUCUCAACCCAAGUUGCGAAGCGUCUUCGACAUCUCACAAAGCAUCCUAGAAAGAAAAUCCAGUCUGUUGCUUCUGGCCUGUUGGAUAAAUGGAAAGAGAUUGUUAUGAUCGAGCCCCAGGCCUGAGAAGGUUCAGAAGACAUCUGCUGUGAAGGUUGAGAAGGUUUCCAAGGCUGAACCUGUUGAGGUUAAGAAGGUUGAUCAUGAUAUCAAACCAAGAUCUGAGAAUGCUUAUGGUUCCGGAAUUGUCAAAACAGAAAGGAAGGUUCCAAAUCCUAAUCCUGUCAAGACUGAGAAAGCUACUUCAGCGGAGACUGUUAAUGUUGAAAAGAUAGCCAAAGAAGUGAAGAAACCAGCACUCAA